AUGAAUAAUACUAAAAAUGGUCAGUUACUGCGAACGUUGCGAUCGUUCAUGGCCAAUAUGAAGCAUGUUCCUCAUCCACUACAAGCUUAUAUUAUACCAACUAAUGAUGCCCAUCAGAGUGAAUACUUAGCUAAUAGGGAUAAGAGACGUGAAUUUAUAUCUGGAUUUACCGGUUCUUUUGGUAAUGCCAUUGUCACUCGCGAUAAAGCUGCAUUAUGGACUGACGGUAGAUACUAUCUGCAAGCUACUGAGCAGUUGGACGAUAACUGGACCUUAAUGAAACAAGGACUAGCAGAUACCUUAUCAAUGGAGGACUGGCUUAUUCAAAUUCUUCCCAAAGAGUCAUACGUUGGCGUAGAUCCCUUCUUAUUUACACAUGAAUUAUGGAAGAGCUAUUCACAGAAAUUAAGCGAUGCUGGAUUGUCCCUAGUCGCUGUUCAAGAUAAUUUAGUAGAUCUAGUAUGGACCUCUUAUGAUCGAUCUGAAGUACCGUUAUCGCCUUUAAUGAUACUCCCUCUAAAAUAUAGCGGCAAGAGUGUUGGAGACAAACUAAAGGACAUCAGGGAUAAAAUGUCGACUGCUAAUUGUGAUGCGUUGGUCAUCUCGGCACUUGAUGAAGUUGCUUGGCUUUUGAAUAUUAGAGGCGCCGAUAUUGAAUAUAAUCCUGUCUUCUUUGCUUAUGCGAUUGUAACUGCUAACUGUUUAUACGUUUUUACCUCACUGGAGAGAAUUACAUCAGAAAUUUUUAAUCAUUUAAAACUGGAGACCGAAUCAGAAUUGAAGUUCGAGCCUUAUGAAAAUGUUCUCGAAGUUAUUGAGGAUAUUUCCAGCAGUAACCAUGGUCAAAUAUGGAUUAGUCCGUUGAGCAGUCAUGCCCUGGUUAACGUUGUUCCUAAGGAAAAGCGAUACUUAAAACCGUCGCCAAUUGCCUUGAUGAAGGCCCUAAAAAAUACUACGGAACUAGAUGGACUUAGGAAUGCUCACAUCCGGGAUGCGGCAGCUCUGUGUGAAUUUUAUGCUUGGUUGGAAAAAGAGAUUAAAAUAAAUCCGGUUACAGAAAUUGGAGCAGCCGAUGUGCUUGAAGACUUUCGAAAGCAACAAGAUGACUAUAUUAGCUUAAGUUUUCCAACUAUUUCAUCAUCCGGAGAACAUGGGGCUAUUAUUCACUAUUGCCCUACGGAGGCAUCAAAUCGAGAAAUAACGGAAACAGAUUUGUAUUUAUGCGAUUCCGGUGCUCAGUUUAGAGAUGGCACCACUGAUGUCACCAGAACUAUUCAUCUAGGGAAUCCAACGGAGCAUGAAAAAGAAUGCUUUACUAGGGUUCUUAAGGGGCAUAUAAAUCUCUGUAAAGCAAUAUUUCCUAAUGGUACCAACGGCCACGUCUUAGACAUGCUAGCUCGUAAGCCUCUGUGGGAUGUCGGUCUCGAUUAUAGACAUGGAACCGGACACGGAGUCGGUGCAUUCUUGAUGGUUCACGAAGGUCCACAUGGAAUUGGAUCAAGACCAAGAAAGUACGACGUUCCUUUAAUGGCUGAUAUGACUGUAACCGAUGAGCCUGGAUACUACGAAGACGGAUCUUUUGGUAUAAGGAUAGAAAAUGUUGUAAUCGUUAAAUCUGUGGAAACGAAACAUAACUUUGGUGGCAUAGGCUUCUUAACAUUCGAACCCAUUACACUGGUGCCGAUUCAGAAGAAGUUGUUAUCUCCGGAGUUACUAACCGAAGAAGAAGUUGCCUGGAUAAAUGACUACCAUCAACUGUGUAGAGAAAAAGUCGGCGAUCUUUUAAUACAACGGGGGAGGCUGGAUGCAUUGAAAUGGCUCCAAAAAGAAACGGAAGUGAUAGGAUAA